UAAUACUUUCAGGAGGUUUUCUUCAAGCUCGCAAGUUAAUUUUGGUACUUAAAGGGAUAAGCUGUCAUUUUCUGGAACAGCUUUCAGCUUAUGAAGAAAAGUUGUUGUGGAAGCCACCUAUAAAUCCAUUUACCAAAUUUAUGGAGAAGCCUUCAAUUGAUGGAAGUCAUUCAGAGAAACUAUGUUCUCAUUUUACAAGUACACCAGAGGACGAACAUUUACCACAGGCUGCCAGUGAAAGUCAUCUCAGCUGUCUAAAGCAGGACAUCCUAAAUGAAAAGACUGACCUGGAAGCAACAUUUAAGGAAGCUGAGUUGGCAACCUGUUCUGUAGAAUUAUUUUUGCCAUUAUUUAAGGAUACUGUUGAAGAGAUUAGUUUUGAAAAUGCUAAUCUUUUUGCAUCCAAUUUGAAGAAGAUUUCUGAACAGAAGGAAAUAUUAACAAAAGAAUUAGACACUUUUAAACGUGUAAAACAAGCUUUAGAACAUCUUAGAAAGACAGAAUACCAACAAGUAGGGGACAGUUUAUCCAGCAUGUUAGAGAAGCUAACUGAUAAUGAAAGUGAAAAUACUAAUCUUAAGAAGAAGGUACUUGAAAAGGAGACCUAUAUUCAAGAACUUUCUUGUUUGUUUCAGAAUGAAAAGGCAAAUGCUUUGAAAGCAAACCGUUUUUCACAAUCAGUAAAAGUAGUACAUGAACGACUACAGCUCCAAAUUCAUAAAAAGGAAGCAGAGAAUGAUAAAUUAAAAGAAUACAUAAAGAGCUUAGAAACCAAGAUAACUGAAUGGAACUUACAACUGAGAAAGAAUAAGCACGAAGCUGUAGCAAUGAAAGAAUCAAGCAAGCAAAAAACUAUAGCUCUAAAAAAGGCAUCUAAAAUUUACAGACAAAGGCUUAAACACUUUACUGGAGACAUGGAAAACCUUACCUCCCAAAUUAGAGAUCAGGAAGCCAAGCUGUCUGAAACAAUUUCAGCUUCCAAUGCCUGGAAAAGUCAUUAUGAGAAAAUUCUAAUAGAAAAAACUGAAUUGGAAGUUCAGAUUGAAACAAUGCAAAAGCAAGUUACAAAUCUUUUGGAAGACCUGAAGAAAGUGGAAGACCUUGGAAAAAAUUCAUGUGAAGAAAUUCUUAGAAAACUUCACUCAAUUGAAUAUGAAAAUGAAACUCUGAAUCUUGAGAAUACAAAAUUAAAGACUACACUUGAUGCGUUGAAGGAUGAGGUGGUUUCUGUUGAAAAUGAACUUUUAGAAUUGCAAGAAGUAGAAAAACAGCAGAAGACCCUUAUUGAAGUAUGUAAAACUCAGAUACAAAAAUUGCAAGAAGCAGCUGAAAUGGUGAAAAGCAGAUGUGAAAAUUUACUACGUGAGAAUAACCUAAUUACAAAAAACAAAAAUAAAAAAUUAGAGAAGGUGAGUUUGAUGUUUUAA